AUGGAUUUUUCUCCAGAUCCAUGUCCAUUAAUCAGUUUAUUCCCAGACUAUAUUCUCAUUCGCCUAAUGUUUUUCCCUGUUAUUGCUCCUUUCAAGCAUCCUCUCUCAGAGACGUCCAAUUGUCUUUUAUUCCUUUUUUGCUGUGUCAAAUUCAGUGUCUUGUCAGCUUCUGCAUUUUAACUUUCUCCCUAGUAUCAAUAAUCAGUAACCACUAACGCACAAAGCGUCUUGCUAUACCUACCUGCAAAUUCAUGAUUGAAGUCCUGCUGAAUCAUUGGAGCUGCCAUCUUCAUUUCACUUGUUAUGGCUUCCUUCUAUUUCAUCUUCUUGUUCUGCGUAUUUACUCUUCUAGCUUCGAUUGGAGAACACCAAGUUAUUGCUUUUUCAUCCGCCAUUAACGUAACCAAACAAUUCCACUUCCCCGAUUUCAGCGCAAGCAAUAACUCCAGAAUUCUUCAUGAUGUGAAGCUUCUAGGCAGUGCCAAAUUCUCAGAAGAAAAGGGUGCUCUUCAAAUUCCUGAUGACUCCUCAGAUAUCAGACAUCGAGCAGGAAGAGGCAUUUAUUCCUUCCCGAUUCGGAUGCUAGACCCAGAAACCCAAACCCCGGCUUCUUUCCAAUCCACUUUCUCUUUUCAGUUCAUCAAUUACAGCAGCGCAGAACAAGAUGAUUCUUACGGUGGUAGUGGCUUCACUUUCAUCAUCGUCCCUGACGAGUUCACCGUAGGAAGGCCAGGGCCAUGGCUUGCCAUGCUUAACGAUGCUUGCCAAGAUAAUUACAAAGCAGUGGCGAUUGAAUUCGACACCAGAAUGAACCCAGAUUUCGGAGAUCCAAACGACAACCAUAUUGGCAUCAAUCUAGGUACCAUAAAAUCCUCUAAAACCAUCAACGUUUCUGAUGUUGGAGUGAACUUUAAGGAUGGUUUCGUUCACCGUGCUUGGAUUACCUAUGAUGGUCCCGGGAAAAGAAUGGACAUUCGUUUAGGAUCAGCAAACCAAGAAGAUUACCCUUCUAAGCCAAUCUUCUCAGAAUCUGUGGAUCUCUCACCUUUUCUGAAUGAGUAUAUGUUCGUGGGAUUCUCUGCUUCCACAGGAAACCACACCCAAAUCCACAACAUACUUUCCUGGAACUUCACCUCCACUUCUCAAGCUUCUCUUCGCUUUCCCUCGUCUAAUACCUGCGAGGGUAACAUCUUACUUCGGAGUUCCUCUGCAACUCCGAGUACUAAUGGUUCAUCUAAAUUUGAACCUUCUCGCAGCUUUUUAAUCUUUACAGGUGUAGUGGCUUUGGCUCUUGCUGUUGUUCUCGGUUUCUACUUCAUUAGUAUACGCAAAAGAAAUCCUGAAAAAUCAAUCGUUCCAAGACCCCCAAAUAAGCCUCGCCGCUUUUCCUUCUCUGAGAUUUCCUCUGCCACUCGAUCCUUCAAUGAAAUAGAGGUAUUGGGUAGUGAUUCUAGGGGUGUGUACUACUGCGGGAAGCUUCCUAACGGCAUAAGAGUUGCUGUGAAAAGAUUCUCAUCUCAGUUUCUGAGCUCAUAUGGGUCAGAUCAUAAGAGACGGUUGUUGAAGGAAAUCAAAUCUAUCAGCCAGUUUCGCCACCCCAAUUUGAUUCCCAUAAGAGGUUGGUGCCCAGACAGGCAAGAAACCAUGGUGGUCUAUGAUUUCUUCCCAAAUGGCAGCCUUGACAAGUGGCUAUUCGACGGCAAUGUUCUUCCAUGGACUCGUCGAUUCAAAAUCAUAAAAGACGUGGCUGAUGGCUUGAGCUUCCUCCACUCUAAGCAACUAGCCCACAAGAACUUGAAAUGUAGCAGUGUGUUUCUUGAUGUGAACUACAGAGCAAUCUUGGGUGACUUUGGGUUUGUACUAUUAGAAUCAGAAUCAAGGCAAUUCGAGUCCACUGUGUGUCGAGGUGUUGAUGUGUUUGAAUUUGGUAUAUUUGUGCUGGAAGUGAUAGCGGGAAGGCGCAGGGUAGAGGAAGAGAAUGUAAAACCAGAAGCCAAAGACUUGCUGGAUUAUGCUUGGAAUUUGCACGAGAUUGACGAGAAAGUGAAGGUGGUGGAUAGAAGAAUGGGAUCACUGAUAAAUAUGGAGCAAGCAAUUCGUGUCUUGGAAGUUGGACUGCUUUGCACUUUGAAUGAGAACAAAGGAAGGCCAUGCAUGGAGCAAGUGGUAGAGUUUCUGAACAUGGAAAUAGCCAUCCCUAAGCUUCCAAAAAAUCGCCCUGUUGCCUUGUUCCCUUACAGCAGUGCCAACACAGGUCUCUGCAAUACGUACUCUUGCACCACCCUGAAGUUAAGCCAUGAUAUUAGGGACGCAUUCACUGGGUAGCCGCGGAGCAUUCAAAUUUCAAAAAUAAAUAAAAUGACAUGGAUCCAAUUCGUAUUUGAUAUUCCCGAUUCUUUUGUGGGUAGGGUUGCUUCUAAUGUUCUGGGAUAAUGUCCUUGGAUCAGUUUCGAAAUGCUGCAAAUGUAUCAAAUGAUGUGUGUGUCGACGGCAUGUUGAAGUUGUUAGUAUGAGGGAGGGCGUCGGAAUAGGUUGUGAAUAUAUGGAUUUAGUAGGAGUAGAUGUGUGUGUGAAUAAGACUUGGAGCUUGCCGGCCUCCUCUGUAGAAUCUGUUUGUGAUGUGAUUGAUGAAAUUUGGCUCUUCCAAAAAAAAAUGAAGAGAGCAUGAAGUGAAAUACUCCCUUUGCUCUCCUGUAUAUAAACUUCAAAUUUGGAUAGGGUUGUAGUCGAUUUUAUAAGCUU